AUGCAGAGUUCGUUUAUUUUAUCCGAGUACGAAGAUAUCAAUGUUUUGUUAUUAAAACCCAUCGCUGCAACGCAGAGAAUAAAGUAUACAUGUUUCAAUGUAUCAACGAGCUACAUCGCUCUUGGGUCUACUAGUGGUAGUAUUUAUUUAUUUACACGCGAGCCAUGUACUUUUCAACAAGUGAUACCUCUAUCAGAAGGGCCAGUUACUCACGUUCUGCUGUCACCUGACGAAAAAAAUUUAGCAUUGUCUACAAAACGGGGCAGUGUCUGUGUAAUUAAUAUUAAACCUAUUAAAUUGAUAUCAAUUAUUUCAAAUGAACACAUUGAUACAGUGAUUACUUGUUUAUGCUGGAAUGACAGAAGUUCUGAAAUUUAUGUCGGUGACAACAAUGGAAAAGUUUCUACUAUUGUACUGUCUAUUUUUACAGUUAAUGGAAUGUUCCCAGCACCAUCAUGCGCACUAAUGCACCUGGACUCAUCAGUAGUCCAAAUGGACUAUUCAUCCCACUACUUACUAGUAUCAACCUUGAGCCGUUGUUACAUAUGCAACACAUCUCAGGAGCAGUUCAAGCAAAUAGGUAACAAAUCUCGUGACGGCGAGUAUGGUGGCUGUUUCUUCAAAUCCGAACAAUCAAAACCUCAUUAUAAUUCAUCAAUCAUGAGCAACAGCUCAGAAGUAGACACCACUAGCGAUAGAGUGCCAAAAUCAAUCGGUAGCAUGAUAGGAUUGAACGAAGAAUCAGACGAAAAUCUGGUAAUCUAUUGCACACGACCUGGAUGUCGUCUGUGGGAAGUAAACGUGUUUGGUACAGUAGUGAAGACUCACCAGUUCAAGGAAGCGCUUCAGCCUCCUUCAAAAAUCUUCAAAUCUUCUUCCAUAAAAUCAAAUUGUGAUAACACAAGCUCAAAUACUCAAACUCAAACUAUUAAUUUUUCCAGGUUGAAAAUCAUUAACAAAAAGUACUUGCUCUCUUACACUGGAAAUAAUAUAUUUAUAAUAGACCCAAUAAGCACAACAAUUUUAUCGACUGAAUUUAACAAUAUAUUUAUGAUAGAUAUUAUUGAAGACCGAGUUUAUAUUAUGACAACUCUAGGUACCUUUCAUUCUUUAUUACUCUCUACCCCAGAUUAUUUAAUUUUAAAGCUCUACGAGUGCAAGUUACUCGAGGAUUGUCUGCAAUUGUGUAAAUUAUAUCGCAGUGAUUUUACAAAUGGCUCUGAUAAUGAUAUUAAUGUAAUAACUCCAAUAAUUGCGUCAAUUCAAUCAAACUUUACACCUCAGAGAUUAAAUUCCGGAAUUGUUGUCGUUAAUUCUGGUCAUGGAUUUUUGAACGACGAUUACAAUAACUAUGUGCUGGAUAAUGAUAAUGAAAAAUGUUCUAGAGAACAUCCAGAGCUUCCUGACAAUUCAGAUGAGAUUAUCUUCACAAAUCGGCUGGAAAACAUGAAAAUUAGCAAUGGAGACAAGAAUAAAGAAAGCAGGGAUGAAAAUUUAGAAUCUCUGUUUAAAAAUGAACUUACAAGUAUCCAAACUGACGUAGAGCCGAUUUACGAGCUGAUAAAUUCAUUAAAAAGCUCUUUGAAUGAAGAAAUAAUUAAGAAAAUAUUGGAUAGUAUAGCGCGGAUCAAAACAAAGUAUGAUAUAGUUGAAUUAAAUCAAUUUAUUUAUGAGAUAAUACGUUCAGUAGAGCGUCAUUAUUUUACUGUCUUGUUGGAAAGUAUUGUUAUGAUUGAUUUAUUUGUAGAAAAUAAUUUUGUGAUUGAUGAAAUCACCCGGGCGUUUAUUGACUUUAAUUCUGGUACUCGGUGCAUUUGCGAGAGAGAAAGAGAGUCGUCGGGUGAUACAGAGCCAAAGUUUAUGGAAGUAGGGAUAAAUUUACUUAAAUUUGAUAAAAACAAAGGUAUUUAUUUGUGUAGCAAAGUACCCUGGAUGUGGGAGGAGUAUUUUCGGAUUUAUUAUUACUUAGAACGUGAUAUUAUUCCACUGUGCCUUCAGAGCAGAGACAAUAAUGGUAUUGCCAAUUUGUUUACACUUAUUGAAGAAAAAGAGGAAGAGGAAUUUUGGGAAUAUGCUGCUGAGAAUUAUAAAAUCAUGGAGAAGGGAAUUUGUUUGAUAUGCAAGAAGUCUGCUGAUCGGGAUGAUCAGAGAGAAGUAAUCGAUUGGAGCGAAAUUACGCGGUUGAUUAUUAAGAAAAAAAAUAUUUAUGCUGCAGUUAAGUUUGUUAAACACCUGGAACAAUUACUACUGCAUGUUAAAUUAAAAGAAAGGCAAACUUUUUUUUUUUUUAGUGUUUAUCAGACGAUAAUAUUUACAAAAUUAUUGGAUCGCCAUGGACUUGAGCAUACAGUUGAAUUUGAUAGGAAUAAACUGACUAAUGAAUAUAAUUCUAUAUGUUCAUCAGAAGCAAAAAAAAUACUCAAAGAAUCGUUGGAAAAAGAUCUCGAAAAACAACUAGUUAAUAAAAAUUUAUUUGGCAGUGGUGUUUAUCACUGGGGAAUUAAGUUCAAAACAAAAUCAUCGAUAUGUUCUUCCUGUACCCUGUCAUUACAAACGCCAGUACUUUUAGGAAAUAAUGGAAUAUCAAUAUUUCCAUGUGGUCAUGCUUAUCACGUAAAUUGUCUCUUACAAAAAAAAUCAACAAAAUGUCUUCUUCAUUAG